UAUUUACACCUCAAUGACCAACAUCUUGGGUCAUAACCCUUCAGUCACGUGCAUUGAUCCUGUGACAGUGUGUGGUGUUCAGAGUGUGUGUGUGAUGAUCAGGAUCCGGAACUGCAGAACUUCAUCUGACUGCAGCGCUGCAGCCGCUCAUCAUCAAGGUUCUGGAGGAUGGGUUCGAUGUCUCUGAUCGGGGUUCUGCACGCGCUGCUCCACAGCUGCUCGGUGCCCGGGAUCCUCGCGCUCUCCGCGGCGGCGCUCCUGUGCGCGCUCGCGGCGCGUCUCACCUUCUCACGGCGCGCGCUCAGGUGCUUCAACCAGCCGCCGCAGCGGAACUGGCUGAUGGGACACAUGGGGCUCAUGGGCCAUAAUGAAGCGGGACUGCAGGCCGUCGAUGAUUUGGUCAGGAGGUACGUCCACUCCUGCGCCUGGUAUCUGGGUCCCUUCUAUAACAUGGUCCGUCUUUUCCACCCGGACUACAUCAAAUCACUUCUGAGCGCCUCGGCUAACAUUACUUUCAAAGACAAGAUCUUUUAUGGGUUCAUGAAACCCUGGUUGGGUCACUGUCUUCUGCUCCAGAACGGUCAGGAAUGGUCACGCCACCGCCGGCUCCUAACCCCAGCGUUCCACUUCGACAUCCUCAAAAAAUAUGUUCACAUAUUCAACCAGUCCACCAACAUCAUGCAUACUAAAUGGCGCCGCCUGCUGGCUGAGGGACAGAAGAGCCUGGACAUGUUUGAGCACAUGAGCUCCAUGACUCUGGACAGUCUGCUCAAAUGCACCUUCAGCUGUGACAGUCACAGUCAGGGGGAACCCAGUGAAUACAUCGCAGCUAUUCUGGAUCUGUCUAAGCUGCUCGUUCAGAGACAGCAUUACCUUCCGCAUCACUGGGACUGGCUGUACUGGCGCUCCGAACAGGGACGGCGCUUUCGCAAGGCUUGCGACAUCGUACACAGCUUCACCGCUAAAAUAGUUCAAGAACGGCGUUCCCAACUCAAACGGCAGGAAUCCGGGAAGAGCCACACGGAAAACCUGGAAUACACAGGAGGAUACAAGAAGAAGGACACGGACCUCAUCGAUUUACUGCUUCUGUCAAAAGAUGAGAAUGGCGAGGGACUCACGAACGAGGAGAUCAAGGCACAUGCAGAUAUGUUCAUGUUUGCAGGUCACGACACCACCGCCAGCGCCCUCUCCUGGAUCUUCUACAAUCUGGCCAUGCAUCAGGAUCAUCAGGAGCGCUGCCGUGCUGAGGUCAGGUCGCUGCUGCGGGACGGAGAGACACAAGACAUCUGCUGGGAGGAUCUGAGUCAGCUGCCGUUCACCACCAUGUGCAUCAAGGAGAGUCUUCGGCUUCACUCGCCUGUUCUGGCGCUGACACGAUACUACUCACAGGACAUGAAGACGCCAGGAGACUGUGUCAUUCCGCAGGGAUGCCUCUGUUUGAUUAGUAUUUAUGGUGUCCACCGCAACCCUGAGGUCUGGACCGAUCCAGAGGUGUUCGACCCCAUGCGCUUCGACCCGGAGAACUCACACGGACGCUCUCCUCACGCUUUCAUUCCUUUCUCAGCAGGACCCAGGAACUGCAUCGGGCAGAACUUCGCCAUGGCAGAGAUAAAGGUGGUUGUCGCCUCGACUCUGUCCAGGUUCAGGAUUCUGCCGGGACCCAAACCGGUGCGGCGUCUCUAUCAGCUGGUUCUGAGAGCAGAAGGAGGCCUGAUUCUGAAUGUGGAGAAGCUCACUGAGUGACCAGCGCUGAAGCACAUCCCCACAUGUGACCCUGGACCACAAAACCAGUCAUAGCAAUAACCAACAAUACAUUGUUUGGGUCAAAAUUAUAGAUUUUUCUUUUAUGCCAAAAAUCAUUAGGAUAUUAAGUAAAGAUCAUGUUCCAUGAAGAUAUGUUGUAAAUUUCCUACCAUAAAUAUAUCAAAAAUGUAUUUUUGUGAGUGGAUAUGCAUUACUAAAGACUUCAUUUGGACGACUUUAAAGGUGAUUUUCUCAAUAUUCCACCCUCAGAUUCCAAAUAAAUUAUUUUUUGCUCCCUUAAGUUAUAAAUACGUUAUUUCUGAACAUUCAAAACACCCAGCUUUUAAAAAGUUCUUUAUGAACAUUCCAUUGUAUCAUUCUUCAAACAUCAUGAGAAUGUUAUAUUUGAAUGUUCUCUGAACAAUUGUUACAGUUAAAAAAUGUUACAUGAACGUCCAACUGAAACAUUUCAGAAACAAAACAUUCCGUGGAUGUAUAAAAAAAUGUUUUUAUUCUAACAGUUUGAGAACAUUAUUACAGAUCAGCUAACUUUGAAUGAACAUUCUAUUAAUGUUUGUUCAUAACUUUGCCAGAACGUUCUGAGAACGUUAACGAAGUCAGUACUGUGAUGUGAGUUUACCGUUUAAUUUCACUUUAAAGUGUUUCUGUGCUCAUUUUGAUCAAUGCAACAUUGUGUUCUUUUGUUCUGUUUUGCUGUUUUCAUUUAAGCUUUGCAGCGAAUGUAAACUGAGCCAUACACAGCACAAAGUGCUUUAAUAUAAAUAUAUUUGUAUGAGUUUUUGCUGUUGCUGAGAUUAAUGUCAUGUUGAGUCACUAUGCAACCUAAGACUAUUAAGAGUGUUUCACUUUAAAGAGAUGUUAUAUGAGACAUUAAUAAAAUUAUUCACGAGA